AUUUCUAGUUAAUUGUCUUACAUACAAUAUGCAGCACUUUUCUGCUUUUACUCGUAUUCGACUUCCUAGCUUGAUAAUCAAACGAUCGUUAUCUACACGUCCAAUUGAAGUAACCCAAAGAAGCUUUGCCAAUGCAUCCAAUAGGACCAGAACUCUUGCCAAAUCUCAUGGCAGAAUCGUUGUCCUAGGAUCCGGAUGGGCUGGUUUCAAAUUGAUGAGAGAUCUUAACAAGGAACACUAUGAUGUUACUGUUAUUUCACCCAGAAACUAUUUUGUUUUUACUCCUCUUUUGGCAAGUACGGCUGUAGGAACUCUUGAAUUCAGAUGUAUCACAGAGCCCGUGCGAGGUUAUUCCAAAGAUGUAGAUUACCACCAAGCUCUGUGCAACAGUGUUGAUCUGGAGAAUCAAUUGAUCCAUUGUACCUCAAAUCUAGAUGACAACAAGGGAGAAAAGUUCACUGUGGAUUAUGACAAAUUGGUAAUUGCUGUUGGUGAAUACUCCAACACAUUCAAUACUCCGGGUGUGAAAGAAUAUGGUAUUUUCCUAAAAGAUAUCAAAGAUGCCCAGAGAAUCCGUGCAAGAGUAUUGGAAUGUUUCGAAUUUGCUGCACAGCCUGGAGUUACAGAUGAAGAAAAGGCAAACAAAUUACAUUUUGCAGUAGUUGGCGGUGGUCCAACCGGUGUAGAGUUUUCAGCUGAGUUGUAUGACUUCAUUACCGAGGAUCUUUCCCGAUUGUAUCCGCAACUAAUGGAGUACACCCGGAUGACAGUUUAUGAUGUGUCACCAAGCAUCCUGGGAAGCUUUGAUCAAAAGCUGUCUAAUUACGCUACCCAGAAGUUUGAACGUAAUGGUAUCCAAAUCAAGCCUGGAAGCCAUGUACUUGAAGUCAAAAAGGAUGUGAUUUCAAUCAAGGAAGAAGGAGAAGUUCCAUAUGGUAUGCUUGUGUGGUCUACUGGAUUGAUGCCAAAUCCGAUUGUGGAGUCUAUGAUGACAGCUGCCAAAGACCCUCGAACUCGCCGUAUUCUGACUGAUAAGAAGUUGAGAGUUUUGGAUAGCAAAACAAUGGAGCCUUUGAAGAACAUUUAUGCACUUGGAGAUUGUGCUACAAUUAAAGAUUAUAAUCUUCCAGCUACUGCCCAAGUUGCCAGUCAGAAGGCUAUAUAUUUAGGCAAUGAACUAAAUGCGGCAUUGAAAUCAAAUUCACAUGUGGAUAAAGGUUUUAGUUUUGAGAAUCGUGGAUCAAUGGCAUACAUCGGGUCAUGGCAAGCUGUUGUUGAUAUGAGACCAGUUCAUGAAAAGGCAACCGAAGGAGGACACAUGGCAUGGAUGUUUUGGAGAUCGGCUUACUUGAGUAUGAGUGUCAGUGCAAGAAACAAAAUGUUAAUUCCUAUGUAUUGGUGUUUGACUUGGGUAUUUGGACGUGAUAUUUCUCGGUUCUAAAGUAGACACUCAUAACCAUAGCCAAUUAGAGACAAAACAAAAAGUGGCACUUGAAUAUUAGACAGCAAAAUCAUAAUAGAGCAAAAGUAGAAUAUAUAUGUUCUCAAUAGAAUGAAACCAAAAUAAAACAACAGUAACCAAGUUUACAAGAGU